AAUGGGAACACUGCCCUGUCCAUCGCCCGUCGUCUUGGGUACAUCUCUGUGGUGGACACUCUGAGGCCCAUGACUGAUGAAGACCUUACUGCCAUGAGCGCUUCAGAAAAGCACAAAAUCAAUGUCCCAGAGACCAUGAAUGAGUUCCUUGACAUGUCAGACGAUGAAGGUGAGGAUGCCAUGACCGGUGACACUGACAAAUACCUGCGGCCUCAGGAUCUCAAGGAGCUGGGGGACGACUCUCUUCCACAGGAGGGCUACCAAGGUUUCAGCAUAGGAGCCCGCUCAGCCAGCCCUAGAAUCAGCCUCCGCUCAUUCAGUUCGGAUAGGUCCAACACGCUCAACCGGAGCUCCUUUGCCCGGGACAGUAUGAUGAUUGAGGAAAUCCUGGCCCCCACGAAGGACACGCUUCAGAGUGUCUGUAAAGACAUUUCGUACUUGGUCGACCCCCUCAGUAAGCACCUUGCUGCGACCAGAGACUACAGCUCCGAGUGUAUGCGGCGUUAUAGCUGGACUCCGGACAUGAUGGACCACAGCCACAACGCCGUGUCCAGCCCCAUUCACUCUGGCUUCUCCUCCCCGCUCCCUCAGUAUGACUCCAGGUUCUUAGUCAGCUUCAUGGUGGAUGCCCGUGGUGGGUCUAUGAGAGGCAGCCGACACAACGGCAUGCGCAUCAUCAUUCCUCCCAGGAAGUGCACGGCACCCACUCGCAUCACCUGUCGCUUGGCUAAGAGGCACAAGCUGGCCUAUCCCCCACCAAUGGUGGAGGGAGAGGGGCUGGUCAGCCGGCUGGUGGAGGUGGGGCCUGCUGGCGCUCAGUUCCUUGGUCCUGUGAUUGUGGAGAUUCCUCAUUUUGGUUCAAUGCGAGGGAAAGAAAGGGAGCUGAUUGUGUUGAGGAGUGACAAUGGUGACACUUGGAAGGAGCACCAGUCUGACGGCGGUCCAGAAGAUCUCACUGAACUGCUCGCUGGGAUGGAUGAAGAACUGGACAGUCCUGACGAGUUGGAGAAGAAGCGCAUUUGCCGCAUCGUCACCAGAGAUUUCCCGCAGUAUUUCGCCGUGGUGUCCAGGAUCAAGCAGGAGUCUAACCACAUGGGUCCUGACGGAGGCAUACUGACCUGCAACAACGUCCCAAUGGUCCAGGCCUCGUUCCCACAGGGGGCGCUCACAAAGAGGAUCCGUGUUGGCCUGCAGGCCCAGCCUGUCCCAGAUGACAUGGUGAGGGCGGUCCUUGGAAACCGAGCCACCUUCAGCCCCAUCGUCACCGUCGAGCCCAGGAGGAGGAAGUUCCACAAGCCGAUCACUAUGACCAUCCCCGUCCCGCCCAGAUCGGCAGAAGGUCAUCCCAGCGGCAAGCGAGGCGACGCCGCACCCUGCUUGCGUCUGCUCUGCAGCAUCACAGGAGGGACGUCUCCCGCUCAGUGGGAGGACAUCACAGGAACCACACCGUUGUCCUUUGUAACUGACUGUGUCUCCUUCACCACAAACGUGUCGGCCAGGUUCUGGCUCGCAGACUGUCACCAGAUUCCUGAGACGGUGAGUCUAGCGUCUCAGUUAUACCGGGAGCUGAUCUGCGUGCCGUACCUGGCCAAGUUUGUGGUGUUCGCCAAGAUGAAUGACCCCAUCGAGGCUCGGCUGCGCUGCUUCUGCAUGACGGACGACAAGGUGGACAAGACUCUGGAGCAGCAGGAGAACUUUGAAGAAGUGGCCCGGAGCAAAGAUAUCGAGGUUCUGGAGGGCAAGCCUAUCUAUGUGGACUGCUAUGGCAACCUUUCACCUCUCACCAAAAGUGGGCAGCAGUUGGUUUUUAACUUCUACUCUUUCAAGGAAAACAGACUUCCUUUCAACGUGAAGAUCAGAGACAUGGGCCAGGAGCCAUGUGGCCGUCUCUCCUUCCUGAGAGAACCCAAAUCCACAAAAGGCCUUCCACAGACUGCCAUAUGCAAUUUAAAUAUCACACUGCCAACCCACAAGAAGGAUAUGGAGUCUGAUCCUGAUGAUGAGACUGAAAAGCCAGAACGACGUCAUACCUUUGCCUCCUUAGCUUUGCGUAAGCGCUACAGCUAUUUGACUGACCCAGCAGCGAAAACAACUGAUCGAAGCACGCCGAGAACGCAGCCUUCUAGCUACCCUCACAAACCUGUCUUUUCAACAAGAUCUUAUCAGGCGUGGUCACCUGUUCCUGUCGCCCUCCCUGGCCAAGCCAAAUCUGGGUUUGGCUCCCUCUCCAGUUCAUCAUCCAACACGCCUUCUGCCUCUCCAUUAAAAUCUGUCUGGUCCAUCAACUCUGUCUCUCCCAUCAAGACCAACAUUCCUGGAUCACCCGCUUCCUCUGUAAAGUCAGCUAGUGACACGGCCUCUCCCAUCCGAUCUUACAGAACCAUUUCCUCUCCAAUAAAAAGUGUAAUUGGCCAACCCCAGUACCCUAUCCAGGUUACCCCCAGUCCCCUGGCCUCACCAGGUAAAAGUGUCCCAGAUCCUUUGUCCAUGAAAGGAUUGGGGGUAUUGUCUGCUAGGACCUCUCCCAUUACUGCUUCAGGAGGAGGCACUCAUCUUGAAAGAACAGCAAUGGGCUUGACUCCACCAACAUCUCCUAAAUCUUCUCUAAGUAUGUUCAGCUCUCCCCUCCAAUACAAAACUAUAGUGGGAAGUUCUGCUAGCACAUCAGCUUCCUCCUCACCCAUAAAAACAGUCCCUGGUCUUUCCUCUGUGCGCUCUUUUGCCUCGAAUGCCACUAGUCCUGCAAGGAAUUUGUUUUCUUCUCUUUCAUCCACAUUGAAAUCCAACAACUCUCCAAGUGCUGCAGCUCUAAUCAAUGGCUCUGUGUCACCUUCACAGUACUGCUCUUCUUCCCCAACAUCUCAUCUCACCAGCAGUCUGCAAGAAAGAAUACAAGCAACCACUAAUGCCGCUACUACAAGUGUCAAUGCAGCCUUUGAUGAGGUUGAAAAGACAUUCAAUUCUUGCUCUGCUGGCUAUGGCACCCUCAAGUCAUUGUCCUCUUCUGCAUCCUCCUCAUAUCAGUCUAUUAGGUCAUCAGCUUCUGGUUCUCUUUACACCUCCCUUAGAUCCUCUCCUAAUGUCACCACUGCUGUAACCUCAAGUACAAUGACUGUCCCAGUUUACUCUGUUAUCAAUGUGCUGCCAGAGCCCCAGUUUAAAAAGUUACCUGAGGUGUCCAAAUCUGCUGCUGCUCUUCUGUCGCCCAGAAAAACUAUUCCCUCUGACAUGAACACCCAGUCCUCCUUUGCAAGAACUCUCUCCCCCAUCAAAACUUCCCUUAUUCCUGCUAGCAUCAAAUCUAUCACUACAUCACCAUUAUCAUCCAGCCAAGAGAUUCUGAAGGAUGUAGCUGAAAUGAAAGAGGAUUUGAUACGAAUGUCUGCCAUUUUACAAACAGACCCCAAUUCUACAGCCAGCAAAGGAUUCAACACAAAUUCUUCCAAGGAAGCUAAGAUGGAAGAAGAGGAGCCAUAUCGGAUUGUGGAGAAAGUAAAACAAGACCUGGUAAAAGUAAGCGAAAUCCUGACAAAAGAUCCCGGCAAAGAUGGUAGAACUUCUCUAGCAAGAGGUUCACUGGAUGACAUACAUUUUUCGAAGUUACAAGUUGAGCAACCACCAAGCAAUUGGAGCUAUCCACCAAGAUAUGAAACUGUGGUUUCUGAGGCCAGAUCAAAAACAAUACCUGACAGAGAUUUUAAUCUCUCCAAAGUAGUUGACUACUUAGCCAGUGAUGUUGGGAGCAGCUCAUUUUCCAAAAUACACAACACUAGGAAUAAAGUAGAUGAAGACAAAAGAGAAGUAGAGGGCAAGGAGAAGCAGAAACGAAUCUUGAAACCAACUAUAGCAGUACAGGAGCAUAAGCUCAAAAUGCCUCCAACAAACAUCCGAUCUUCACCUUCAGAAAAAGAAAUUAGUAAAGUAGCAGAUGCACUUUUUGGAGGAGACAUGGUGCUAGAAUCUCCAGACGAUAUUUUGCAUGAGCAAGAUAAAAGUCCUCUCUCAGACAGUGGAUUUGAGACCAGGAGUGAGAGGACACCAUCUGCCCCUCAAAGUGCAGAAGGCAUGGGUCCCAAGGGCCUUUUUCAGGAUAUCCCAGUUCCACCAGUAAUCACUGAGACUAGGACUGAAGUAGUGCAUGUCAUCAGGAGCUAUGAACCAGAGGAUGAGAACCAACCUCCAAUGGAGGAUGCAAAUUCUGCCAGAAUAAUCGAUUCAGAUUUUAAAGGGAAUCAGAGUUCAUGUCCAUCAAGUCCAGACCAACAUAAGUGCUAUUCAGUGAAAGCCAGCCCUGAUGAAGAUCCUAUGGGUAAAGGGAUGAGGGUAAAGGAAGAAACUCACAUCACUACCACCACCAGGAUGGUGUACCACAAACCACCUGGCAUAGAGGCAACAUCAGAGAGAUGUGAAGAAACAAUGUCUGUGCGAGACAUAAUGAAGGCUUUUCAAUCUGGGAAAGACCCAUCUAGAGAACUGGCUGGACUGUUUGAGCACAAGUCUAUGAAUGAAGAUGCAUCACUAAGAGUCAUUGAAGAUAUCAACUCCAAACCUAAGAUUGAAAGAAUAAUUGAGGUUCAUAUUGAAAAGGGCAAUAAAACAGAACCAACAGAAGUAAUUAUCAGAGAGACAAAAAACCAUGCAGAAAAAGAAAUGUUUUACUGCCCAGGAAGCAGACAAGAAAACGAUGAGCCUGAAGAGUCACUUCCAGUAUACCUUGAUUCCCCCAGAGUGAGCACACCAAUGUCACAGGAAGAAGACAGUCGACCUAGUUCAGCUCAGCUUAUGACAGAUGACUCAUACAAAACAUUAAAACUACUUAGCCAGCAAUCUGUAGAAUACCAUGAAGAUGAAUCAUCUGAACUUAGGGGAGAAUCAUACAAUUUUGCAGAAAAAAUGCUGCUUUCUGAGAAAUUUAAUCAGUCUCAUUCAGACACAGAGGAAUAUUUGAGAGAUAGGUCUGGGGUCCAUUCACCAGACAGAGGCAAUCACAGUCGGGGUAGGUCACUUGGGCCAAGAACAGAGUAUGUAUUUAGGUCAUCAAGGAAUGUUUUUGACAAAUCUGGACGAAUGGCCAAUGUUGAUGAUAACUAUGACAAACUUACACUUUUACAGUACUCUUCUGAGCCUGGCAGCCCAAAGCAAUCUGUCUGGAUGCGUGUGUCAGAUGACACACAAGUUAAAGAUAAAGAACAAAUUGUAUAUGAGGACAGAAUGGAUAGGACUGUAAAAGAGGCAGAGGAGAAACUCAGUGAAGUUUCUCAGUUCUUUCGAGAUAGAACAGAACAGCUCAAUGAUGAGCUCUCAUCUCCCGAGAAGAAAUCUCGCAGACCAGAUUUCAAAGAAUCACGAUCAGGGCCUAGUUCAACACAGAGUAGCCCAGAAAGGUCGCCUUAUAGAAGUGGGGGUAGUGGUGAGGACUGGAGCAGAGAGAGGCUAAGAGACAGGUUUGGCUCUAGUGACAGAAAAUGUGCCAGUUUACCCAGCAGUCCAGAAAGAAGAGUAUUGCUGCAAUUCAGUGAUGCAGACUCAAGAAAGCAAAGUGAUGGUAAAGCAGAGGGAAGUGUAGGUGAAACUACAAAACCAUUUCAAAUGUCUUCCUCUAAAGUUAGUGCAGUAAGGCUAAAAUUUGAGCAAGAGGCUCAAAAGCAAGAUAGGAGUCCUCAAGCUGGCCAAAAUUCAAACCCUCCUGUCAGAAAGCUUCAGGAAACUAAGUUACCUGUAUAUCAGGUGUUUGCAGGUUCUAGUAUGCCAAAAGCACCAAAUAGUCCAGGUAACCAAAGGAAAUGUUUGGAGACAGAAAUAAAUAAGUUUUCACCCAAGCAUGAAACCAGUGGAAAAGAUCAGGAAGAAAAAAUGUUCAAAGCAUGGGAAAGCCAAGGGUAUAAACCAUCUAAUCCCCCUUCUCCAAAACUAUCUAAAUCUUCAGUUCAUGAUACUACAAAAGACUGCAGUAGCAGUGACCAAAGACAAGACACUACUAAAAAAGUAAUCUAUUCAGAAUUUGUUGUUAGAGAAAGUCCGAAUAGCAAUGAUGGUCUAAAAAAAAACUCGGAAUCACAAAUUCCUGUAAGAAAAUUGUCUAAUUUUUCAGAAAAUCACAAAACUGCCUCUUUAAAAUUAGAUGGGCCACAUGAAAAUUCAAGGUCUCAUACACCUACUUUAACUAAAAAUCGGUUAAACAGUAGCUCUGAAUCCAAUAAGUCUACUCGUGGAUCCUCGGUAGGAAAGUCUACAUCMUCAGAAAGUAGCCAGUCAAAUGUAGUGUGUAAUGGUGUUGAUGAUGACCAAGUAGAAUAUUUGGACCAAGUAACUCCUGUAGUUGUCACUGAGGGUUUCAAAGACAUUAAACCCUUACCAGUGUAUGUCAGCAUACAAGUAGGAAAGCAAUAUGAGAAAGAAACAACCUCAGGGCAGCUGGGCACAUACAAAAAGAUAGUAAGUCAUGAGAGUAGGACAGUGCAUGAAACUAGAGGUACAUUUUACACUGUCAAACAAAAGCAGGUUUCAUCUCCUCAAGGAAGUCCAGAAGAUGACACUCUAGAGCAAGUUACUUUCAUGGAUAGUUCUGGGAAAAGCCCUGUCACCCCUGAGACCCCCAGCUCAGAGGAAAUAAGCCUGGCAUCCAGAACACCAGACUCUGUGAUAGGGUUCAUGGCAGGCAUGCCAAGCACCAUCCCAGAGGAGUCUGAGGAGGAAGAGGGAAAAACCUUUAUCUAUAAAGAUCCCUCAAAGGAAAGGUCCAAGCCAGCUGCUUCAGAGAACCAUAAUCAAAAGCAGGAUGAAGAAAGAGGAAAGCCAAAGGACAACAGAGUUGCAUAUAUAGAGUUUCCACCCCCUCCUCCUUUAGAAGCAGAGCAUUCUAAAGUUGAGAAAAUAGCUUCAUGUGCUGCUUCUCACACAGAGACGGAUAUGAUGGAGGUAAACUUACAAGAAGAGCAUGACAGGCAUUUUUUAGCUGAGCCAAUCAUCAGAGUUCAGCCACCAUCCCCUGUACCCCCUGGAGCUGAUAAUAGUGAUUCUAGUGAUGAUGAGUCUGUCUUCCAUCCCAUCCCUGUCAAAAAGUAUACCUUUAAAAUGAAAGAAGAAGGAGAAAAACACCUGAAACCCAAACGGUCAGAGAAAAAUGGAAAUAAUAAGGAAUCUGGAGUUAAUGGUGUAGUAAAGGGGGAGGAUAUUGACUUUGAACAAAAUGGCAACGACCAGUCAGUUACUGACUGUUCCAUAGCAACCACAGCUGAGUUCUCCCAUGACACAGAUGCAACUGAAAUUGACUCUUUAGACGGAUAUGACCUUCAGGAUGAAGAUGAUGGACUGAGUGAGGACCCCAAAACAUCUAGUUUGUCUACUGAUGGAAAAACGGCUGAUCGCURAUUUGGUCAAUCUAAACUUGAAGUGAUAGAAGAAGAAAAAUAUGAGGAAGGAGGGGAUAAUGGAAAGACUAAAGGCAACCAAGCUGCAGCAAAAGGUGGUGGAGAUGACAAAGACUAUACCCUUGAAGGAAGACACCCUGACAGGCAGAGUUUUGCAGAAAAUUAUUUUGGAUACCAACUUCAGGAAGAGCUGAAUUCAACUUUUAAAACUGUUGCCACCAAAGGUCUGGACUUUGAUCCUUGGUCAACAAAAGGGGUUGAUAAUGAAGGGGUUUUUGAGUCCAAAACAAAAGAAGAGGACCCCAAGCCCUUCAGUUUAUCAGUGGAGGAUAAAUCGCAGGCUACAACACCAGACACAACCCCUGCCCGAACACCAACUGAUGAGAGUACACCGACUAGUGAACCUAACCCCUUUCCUUUCCAUGAAGGGAAGAUGUUUGAGAUGACCCGCAGUGGUGCUAUUGACAUGAGCAAGCGGGACUUUGUUGAAGAGAGACUUCAGUUUUUCCAGAUUGGUCCUCAAAGUCCUUGUGAGCGUACAGACUUGCGCAUGGCUAUUGUUGCAGAUCACCUGGGACUCAGUUGGACAGAGCUGGCUCGGGAGAUGAACUUCACAGUGGAUGAGAUCAACCACAUCAGGCUUGAGAACCCCAACUCUCUGACAGCACAAAGCUUCAUGCUUCUGAAAAAAUGGGUCAGCCGAGAAGGGAAAAAUGCCACAACGGAUGCCUUAUCAACAGUGUUAACCAAAGUCAAUCGAAUGGAUAUUGUGACAUUACUGGAGGGUCCAAUAUUUGACUAUGGCAAUGUUUCAGGCACGAGAUGUUUUGCCGAUGAUAAUGCUGUUUUCCGGGAUCAUGCUGACGAUUAUCAGAGCAUUCUCACGGAGCUGCAGUCUCCUGCCGCUCUGCAGUCCAACCCCUGCUUCUUGGAACCUGAACUCCCAGUCACCCCAAACCCUACCCUUGCCCACCAUCAACCGUACCAUUACCCAGAUUUAGACACCCCCUUACACACCAACACCCAGCCUCAGCCUCCGCCCUGGAGUCCAGAGGUGGAGCCUUGUAGCGGAGAGCCAGACAGCCCUCCUAAAAGUCCCCCCAGACCUUGCGAGCUUGCCCUGAGCAUCCCUACCUUCGAACUUCCUGAGCCCGAUCCGUCUAAGAUCCGAAAGCCCCACAUUGCUUUGAACGACCAGCUGCUUUUGAGCGAAGAGGAAGACAAGUCUGUUCAUGAGGUGGAGACUGCCCACAAGCCGAGGUCACCGUCCUUCCCACCUUUGUGUGACUUGGACUUUGACAUGGCGUACUCUACAUCCUCCCCUUCAAUGUCAUCCGUGUCAUCGAUAACUCCAUCAACCCCUGACCGAGCACAACUGAGUGAUGGAGGAGAACGACCGGGCGUCUUGAAUCAAGUGAAGGAGGUUGCUGGUUGGAAAGCAACGGAAAUGGAAGUGACAAAAGAAAUGGAGAGAGUUGUUGAGAUGGUUGCAGCGCAGUUAGCUGAGGAAAACAGGUUAGUGGAAAAGUGGGUUGAACGGGAUUUGAUCAAAAAUGUGGAAAGAAAAUGCGAGAUGAUCACAAAAGACAGGUCUAAGACGCCAGAUGAACAUAUCAUUUUGGUGGAACAGAAGUGGUCUGUUGAGCAGGGAAAAAAUGAAAUGAAUGAGAAGGGGGAAGAAUGCAAGGUUGAGAGAAUCGAAAACAUACAAAGUUUGACUCUCAGCCUGAUAGAAACUGAUUUUAAAAUGGAAAAAGGUGCAACAGAAGCAGAAACUGACGAAGAGGAUGUCUAUCAAACAUCUGGCAUUCAAAAAGUUCAUGAGGGCUGUGAAGAAGGCCUCCAGAAGGAAGACAGAAAGCAUGACACUGAUUUAGAGCUUCAGUUUAAAGGUAUAGAAGAUGUUUUUCUCACAUCAGGAGAAAAUCUGGCACAAGAAGAUCAUUCUGUAGCUGACCUUUCCCCUCAGGACUGGACUGAAGCACUUAAGCAACUCCAGCCCAGUGAGUCUGGAUCUAAUGAGGAAGAAGAGGAGGAGAGAAGCAAAGAUAUCCGAGAUGAAGCAUUAGCGUCUCCAUUGGAAGAGGUGAAGGAAGAAAAAGGCUCAGAGGAAAAGGAGGAGGACGACAAAGAGAUGACGGAAUCCAGAGAUCCAAAGGGUACUGAAGAGGUUGAACACGCAGACAAAAACAUUUGUUCACUUUCAGGUUGGCACAGUGAUUCAUCCAGUGUCAACGUGGAACCGCCAACGCCYGGCCGCAGUGUCAGCUCAGACCUGCUCGACAAACAGGAAAGCCAUGAAAACUCUAGUGACUCCAUCACUUCCUCGUCUCGGGCAGAAUCGGGGAGGUCCCGGCCAAAUGGCAAUAAUUCAAAGCACUCACCUCAGGACGGCUCAUCAGAAUCAUCAAGUGGCAGGAAGGAUGGAACGCUGGUGUCAGAGAAAAAAGUUCAGCGAGUUAGUGUAGAAUCUGGUUCAGAGGAAGAACAGACCGUAACCACCAGAAUCUUCAGACGCCGUCUUAUUUUAAAGGGGGAAGAAGCAAAGAAUAUCCCGGGCGAGUCUGUGACAGAGGAACACUAUAUGGACCAUGAUGGGAAUCUGAUCAGUAGAAAAGUGAUCAGAAAAGUUAUUCGACGAGUGUCAACUCCCACUCCAGAAAACCAAGGAGGUAGCAGGUGGCACAGUGACCUCCAGCUCUGUCCCACUCUGCAGGAUUAUGAGUCAGAGGGAGAAACAUCCAGGAAAAGCAGGCGGCCGGAUGAGAGAAGAUCAGGCGAUAAAAAGCACCACUCAUAGGAAUGGUUUUCUCUCAGCAGGUCUACAGGAACCAAGUUAGACAUGUCCUGAGAACAGGUGUUCAAACGGGCUGCGGGGUUCCAGUCUGCAACUUUCUGCUGCAAACAAAUGUUUUUUUUUCAACCUGAGAUGAGUCAACACUUCUGAUUUACGCAUGAGCAUGAAAAAACAAACAAACAAAAAAACUCACUCCUGGUCAAUCAAAAGAGCGAGAGGGUUCURGCUCUCUGACCACGGUGGACCAGUGGACAGUGAUUCUGCUUCCUGUUUUAGUGUGAAACAAAGUGUGCCAUGGGUCCACUGACGGAGCGAGAGCUUUCUGAGGAGCACCYUUCGUUGUGAACACAGCAAAGACUCCAAACUGGCGCAACUGUGACCAAAGAUGGCACAAGAGCUCAAUGCACACGAGGGGCAUAAAAAGAAAGAACACGAAAAGACCCACCCCCAAAAGAAAACAAUAAAUGAAUGGAACACUUCUGACCCAACUUCAACACUCGCCUUAUAGGUUUUUCUCAGACCCACAGUUGACAGGAUGUGAACUAUUUUGGAAUUUAUUUUUUCUUUUCUUUUUGAAACUUAAACUAACACAAAAGRUUUUUUUUUCCUGUAAACAACAGUGUGUAUAAUUCUUAAAUAAAGGGUAAGUUAGUGGUGAGGACGCACUGAGGAGAAUAAGCUUUUCCAAGUGCUUUCAUAAGCUUUCAGAAACGGUUUCACUUUUAAGAAAAAAAAAUUGAGUGCAACUUCACAACUUCUUGUAUAAUUAAUUAUUAGAACAGGUAUACUGUUUGUACAUGGGUUGGGGGAGGGGGGUGAUUUGAUUUUAAUAGAGGAAAUUUCCAGAAAAUAAUUUCUGUUCCCAAAGUUGGGAAUUGAAAUAAAUCCUGAAAAAAGAUUUUAAAAAAGCAGCCUUUCAGAGUUAUUCAUAUUUUCAUGCAUGCUGGUCACAAUUAUUUUAGGUACAAUUUUUACAAGUUUGCAAACACUGUAUUUGAGUGACAAAUAAAACCCUUUAUCUCUGUACACGUUUAGCCCUGGCAUUUAUCACCAGUUUUAUAUUCUUAACUAAAAAAAAGGGAUGCCAUUAAUUCUUUUUUAUGCUGGGAGUUAAGAUGGAAACGAAAAUGAUCUAUAGCUACUUGAGGAUGUGAUGUCUUGUCCAUCUGUGUAAAAUAAAAAUAAAAAAACUGGAGGGCAGCUUCUGCUAUGGAUGAGUGAUCUGAAUGUAAAUGCUUGUAGGCUGGCUCUCUGGAAAACUGUGUACUGUGUGUAUUGACUGGUGUAGGCAUCUUUACACUGUWAGACUGUUUGUAAUCAUUUUAGCAGUGUGUCACUUGGGUUUUCUCAUGGCUGCUGUGGUAUUAUAAAGAAGAUUGGGGCAUUUUUCUUAGAAUGUUUUUCUUUUUUUUUUUUUGAAGAAGUACUUCCUUACUUUUAAAUAUACUCACAGAAAGGUCACAAAAACAUUGUUUGAUUGUAGCUCUGAAUAGCAUAAUGUAUGACAAAAACACUGGAUGGUCAAAAACCAAUAAUUUAACCAUUAAAUAAAUUGUGUUUAACUCUGAAACUGUGUGAUCUCUUUUAGGCUUGAGAGUCUGUAUAUGCAGUGUCAAACAGAAAUGUUUUUACUAGCUCACUGAAAAUUAUUUUACUUUACARUAGGGCUUUAUUUUGUAUUGGUUUUCAUUAGAGGCCCAUAGUUCAGGUGUGGUGUUUUUACUGAUGCAAUGCCUCAGUACGCUGGUGUCUAUGCUGUGGACAUUAAACUAUGUAACUUGUUUUUUGUUGUUGUUUUGGGUGGGUGUAAGGGGGAUUAAAAUGAAGUAGGUAGGGUACAAUAUCAUUCUUUCCCCUUCUCCCUCCCUCCCCCCUCUGCUACUAUGUCAAUCUGAGGGGAGAAAAUCUUUUGAUAUGGUUGAAAKCUCAAUUUUUGUCAAAUUUUGUUUAUGUGUUUUCACCUGAACAGACUUUUUGAUGUACAAUUCUUACUAACAUUUGAAGCCAUUGAAAUGUAACUAUUCUAGCACUUUGGUUAUUUAAGGUCUUUUAGAGGCUAUAUAGCAGCAACAAAGCCACCACAAAUGUUUCGGACAUCUUAAAAAAAUCAACCUAAAAAUGAAGAAAAAAAUUGAAAAUAAAAAUGAKACGAUUUCGCAGUA